GUCUGCUCUGGCUUUUCCUUCUUUUUCUUUAUGAUGUAGUGUCAAGUCAGACUUUGGUUCCACAUAUGUGGCUCUACGUCUGCAAUGGCAUAAAAUCAAAUCAAAAGAUGACCAAGCAAGCACAAACAUCACAGCCUUCCAAACCUGUCCACACAUCCAAGAUAAGAGUUGAACCGCUCACAUUAUAAAACCUACCAACCAAUUGCCUUGUUGCUUUAACUGCCUCUUCUUGCAAAGCAAAUCAUUUAACUGGAGUCCAGACAUGGGAGAAGUUGAUCCAGAUUUCAUACAAGACCCUCAUCACAGGCCUAAACUCUUCAUCAUCGAAGCCGAAGGCAUACCCUUGAUUGACCUGUCUCCAAUAAACUCCCCAGACUCCAUUACUGAUCCCAAAGCCAUUGAAGGUGUUGUUAGAGAAAUAGGCAGUGCAUGCAAGGGCUGGGGGUUCUUCCAAGUGAUCAAUCAUGGGGUUCAAUUAGAUAAGCUCCGAAAUAUUGAGACUGCUGCUAGGAAGUUCUUUGCUCUGCCCUUGGAGGAGAAGAGGAAGAUUAGAAGGGAUGAAAAAAGCGUGUUGGGUUACUAUGACUGUGAGCGUACCAAGAAUGUCAGAGACUGGAAGGAGGUGUUUGAUUUAACAGUGGAGGAGCCUACGUUAGUCCCGGCUUCGCCUGACCCCGAGGACAAGGAAGAGACAGAGUGGCAUAACCGAUGGCCGGAGUAUCCUCCAGAAUACAGGAAGGCCUGUGAAGAAUAUGCGCAAGAAAUCGAAAAGCUAGCUCUGAAGUUGAUGGGACUUAUUGCCUUGAGCCUUGGCUUGCCAGAAAACAGGUUCAGCAGAUACUUCAAAGACCAAACAACUUCUAUCUCACUCAAUUACUAUCCACCUUGUCCUUCCCCUCAGUUAGCUCUUGGUGUUGGUCCCCACAAGGAUGGCGGUGCGUUAACCGUGCUAGCUCAAGAUGAAGUUGGAGGAUUGGAGGUGAAGAGAAAAACAGAUGGAGAGUGGAUCCGAGUUAAACCCACCCCAAAUGCCUAUGUCAUCAAUGUUGGUGACAGUCUUCAGGUUUGGAGCAAUGAUAUAUAUCAUAGUGUAGAACACAGGGCAAUGGUGAACUCAGAGAAGAAAAGGUUUUCUAUUGCUUACUCUCUCAAACCAUCACACUACACCCUAAUCAAGCCCUUGAAGGAGCUAAUAAGUGAAGAAAACCCUGCCAAGUAUAGGCCAUACAACUGGGGAAAGUUUAUGACCCACAGAAAACUCACCAAUUUCAAGAAACUCAAUGUGGAGAACAUCCAAAUUCAUCAUUUCGGGUUAUCAGAAUAAGUGGGUAAGGAGGAGUUUUAUUUAUGUUAUUUCAGCUUCCUGAUCCUGUGCAUACCAUGUUGUAUAUCAAUUCAGAAAAUAAUGGCACGCUGUGUAUAGAACUGACUUGUAAGGAACUUUUUCUGAAACAAGGCCUGGUUAAUUUGUCAACCAGAUCAGUAAUAUAAUUAUCUACAAAUAUGUUCUGCUUCGACAACUAAGAACAUAUUCCGGAGAAUCA